CAGGAGGGGCUCAGAGUAGAUCUGCUGCCCCUCCACAUCGAGAGGAGCCAGUUGAGGUGGCUCAGGCAUCUGGUUAGGAUUCCUCCUAGAGGCCUCCCUGAUGAGUAUUUCUGGGCACAUCCAACUGGGAGGAGACCCAGGACACAGUGGAGCAACGGUUUCUCAGCUGGCCAGGGAAUGCCUUGGGAUUUCCCCGGAGGAGCUGGCUCAAGUGGCUCGGGGGAGAGAAGUCUGGGCCUCUCUGCUUAGGCUGCUGUCCCUGGGACUUGACUCCAGAAAAGCGGAAGAUAGAUGGAUGGAUUUUGUUGUUUCUUCUUUUUUGAGCACACACUCAGCAUGCUCCUCUGACCAUCGACGGUGUGUCUGUGGAGAGAGUGAGGAGCACCAAGUUCCUGGGUGUGCACCUGUAUUAAUGUCGAUGGUGAAUGUGUGCACAUUACAGAGGAACUCCUGGACGAACAACACCAUAGCAUUGGCUAGGAAGUCAGCAGCGUCUCUUCUUCCUCCGCAAACUAAGAAGAGCAAGAGCACCAUCCCCCAUCCUGUACACUUUCUACAGAGGCACCAUCGAGAGCAGCCUGUCGUGCGGCAUCACUGUGUGGUUCGGAGCCUGCAACGUUUCCUGCCUUAAAACCCUCCAACGUAUAGUGAGAGCAGCAGAGAAGAUCAUUGGGGUCUCUCCUCUCCCUACCAGACAUUUACAGCACCCGCCUCACAAAAAAGGCCCUUCGCAUUGCGGCUGAUCCCAUUCACCCAAUGCAAAGCCUCUCCGAGCUGCUGCCGUCAGGGAGGAGACUGCAGAGUCUCAAGGCCAGGACCAACAGACUGAAGGACAGCUUUAUCCAUCAGGCAGUUAGGAAGCUAAACUCCCUCCCGGCUCUCCCGCCUCUCCUCUCUUUUCCCCCACAGUCUCUCUGAACUUGGUUACUCUUUUUUUAUACUAAAUGUUUAUUUUCUAUCUAGCGAGAGUUUGAGAGUAACAUAAUUUCAUUUCUCUGUAUGUCCUGUACAUGUGGCAGAAUUGACAAUAAGACUGACUUUGACUUUAAAGUUGACAUGUUAAAUGCCUUACACUUAUAUUUAUUCAUUUCUCAAGUCGCUUUAAUAGUUACAAGCACAACAAAAAAACACCUAGAAGUUACUUAUUGUACAAAAGAAAUUGACAUUAGUCAAGUCAAGUUUUGUGACAAAACAUUUCUGUACUUUAAGAAACUAACAGAAGCAAAACAGACAAAAUAAAAGAUGUUUGAGUGUUUUUAUUUUGAAAGAGAACCGUGUUGUUUCUCCAGUGACGUACAUCCGGUUACUGUACACGUACUCGAGCUGUUCUCGGAGAAUAUUUGUGGAACAUGUUUUGUGACUGCAUGAAUAUAAGGGAAGUAGAGGGCAACUCAGGGAGAAAUUAAGAGACAUAGGAGGUGGAGUGAUGACUGUAAGGAAUUUGUUAAAUGGUGAAGAAAGGAAUUAUAAGUUGGUUGUUCGGUAUCUAAACCACUGUGGUCUGUUGAAUAGAAUUUAGUUUUAUUUUUAUUUUUUUCUCGCUCUUACUCCGACUCACACUCCAGCACAGUAGGUGGCGGAAAUGCACCUAGCAGUAAGAUGCCACCCGCCAUUAAAACUCGAAGAAGAAGAAUAUUUGUGCAUUACGUACGUGAGAUGCUGCAAGCCCUCAUGCGAAGUUUGAAUGUCGGAAGAGCAAUAGCUGCAACUUGAGCGUAAAUUAUUUCAUUCUGCUCUGAAAGACACUUUUUAAGGUGCGUGUGUAAGAAUGGGCGCGCGGGCAGAUUUCCUGCACUAGCUAAACACGAGUAUUAGCUUCUGGUUAUGACGAAAAUAAACAACUACAAGCAACAGAGAAGACAGUUCACGUUAGUUUCUUCAUAAGAGGCAAAGGAUAAGCUGCAUGUGGAAGCUGGUGCCCUCCAGAGACAUGGAGUCUGUGGGCCAGAGGGGCAAAACCAAGAAGAACACGGAGCAUCAGUCAGGAGAAACACCACCACAGCAUUGCAUCCCUCCCAAGCUCAUACCCAUCUAUCACCCGAUCACAAGAAGAUCCCAAGAAACCUCUUUGAGUUUUCUGACUAGGAGGUUCACGAAGCUGCUUAGUCAGUCAGUUGACGGGGUAUUGGACUUAAAGUUUGUCGCCCAGGAGCUCCGCGUGUCCAAGAGACGUGUGUAUGACAUCACCAACGUGCUGGAAGGGAUCAAACUUGUCAAAAAGACAUCCAAAAACCACAUCCAGUGGUUAUCUGAAAAACGAUCCGAACCGGGCGAGAGACUGAUUGCUUAUGAAAGAAGAGAUCUGACGGCUCUCAUCAAAGAGGAGGAGAAACUUGAUGAGCUCAUCAAAAGUUGUGCCAGACAGAUCGGCUAUCAGUGUCAGGAGUUUUACAGCAGGAGGUUUGCCUAUCUGACCUACGAGGAUGUCAGUCAGCUUCCAAGCUUGAAAGAGCAGACUGUGAUCGUGAUCAGAGCUCCUGCAGAGACUCAAGUUCGGGUGCCACAUCCAGAAGAGAGCCUCCAGGUCCACAUCAUCAGCAUUAACGGACCCGUUGAUGCAUUCCUCCUCUCUGAAAAAACCCUGCCCACUGAAUGUGCGACCGCCAGCGGUGUUGGUGCCAGUCUGGUAAACCCAGCUGCUCCUGGGAAUGAGUUCUUCUUCCCUUUGACUGCUAAGCCUUCCUUUAACACGCCGACUGCAGAAGAUGCUAAAAGCAGCUGUGGGAUGAAUGGUGCCUCACGCCCUCAGUCUGAGCUGACGUCUCCAGUCACCGUCACUUCUGCGCCCAACUCCCCCCCGCCCCCAUCUGAAGACGAUCAUAAUUACGCUACUUCACCCCUUGGCCCGUCUCUCGUUGAGGAGAAUUAUGUCCUCAACCCGGACGAAGGUAUCGCAGACCUAGUCACAGGCUGACUGGGACACGCGGUUUCUGAAAACACUGGCCGAAAGACAGUUAAUCUGGAAACGGGUGUUUUUAUUUGCUUUGUUGGGAUUUAAUGACAUCCAAGUAAUCUGGAGAAGGAUGCUGCUCACAAACAUUAAAGACAUGUUAGAGACGCCAUGUAACUCCAGUUUGGUCUCAUCUUCUUAGGCUGUUUUUAUUUUUAUUGAUUUCCUUUUAGAAACGUGACACACGUCGUCGGGUGAGACAUUUUGUUAAGAAGCUCAACUGGUUGAGGCCAUUUGACUUUUCCUCUCCAAAUAAUGAGCAUGGCAGACUCCUACUGGUGUGGUCUUGGGAAAUGACCAAAAUAAUGGUCAUGAAUGAUUUCAAUUGAAAAUAAACAAUAGUUACAUUUAGUGUCAAUAAGAGUCAUAAAUGUAGCUUUUCUUCAACAUAUUUUCUACUUGUGACUUUUUCAUUGGGAAGCUUGGUUUCUUCUACAUAACUGACUAGCAGAGCAUCUCUUCAUUACCUGUUCUAGUAUCAGCUUAAAACCCGCAUCUCCUUCAUUUGAACCGCUCUAGGUCGGAGUUGGUGCUGUAGGAUGACUCAAACAACCAAAACCAGCUGUACUUUUCUAGUUUUAAUCAUAAGAGAGAAGGAUUUUUGGUGUGGUUAGUGAUUAGUGAGUUUCAGCCUGCUGCUAUAGUUUUCUCAGGGCUCUAGUAGCUUUACUAGAGGUGCAAUUUUCCGUAUUAAAUGUUUUCACUUGUAAUUCCCAAAUGUUUCACACCACGCUAGCAUAUUUUUGGAGUGAAAUGUCUCACAAGUGUAUUUUUUUUCAUUAUAACAAAUGCCUUAUCUAAUAAUCGCUGUAUUCUGAUGUAAACCGUGUCUUGUAGCUGUUUAAAAGGGGCUAUUUCUUUUGGUGAAACUCAAAGCAUUGGCUUUGUUUUGUUUGCUGUCCUCAAAAAUCCCUUUUUGUUUCCCAUUUAAGAAACCGCCUCCUUGCAGAAUGAAUGUAAGUGUGACUGAUCCAUACCUGUCAGGUGAGCGUAACUCUGAGGGAGUUUGCCCUUUCUCACCUGACAUGUUUGUCAGACCGAGGAAAGCACAUUUGAGUUUAGUUAUGAUGAAUAUAAAAACAUUUUGGUUAGGCAGACAGGUUCCUGUUGGUUUACUGGGAUACUUGAUGGGACCAGAACUUCAUGGGUUAAUGUGUUUUAUAAUUAAUGCAAGUGGAGCUGAAAGGAUGCAUGUGUGCACAAAUAUACUAGUUUGUCAUCAUGAUGUGAUCUGUGAUUGAAAAUCUGUUGUAAAACACAGUUUGGAGCUAUUUUACGUUGUUGAUUUUACUGAUUGGCUGCAUCAACAGAACUUUUUUCCCUCACUUUUUGUGUAAACAUCAUUUUCGGACAAUACUAAGUCUUUAUGUUGACUCCUUCACCAUGAGAUUCACAAUUUGCAACGACAGUUUGAGCUGUGAAGGUUUCUGUGAAUUCCAUCCAUCCAUCCAUUGUCUGAACCCGCUUUGUCCACGUAGGGUCGCAGUUCUGGUUAAAGUAAAUUUGUUGGCAAAUAAAAAGAUCAUACUUAAUUUUAGGUAUAUUUUUAUUAGUCUGCUCAUUUUGUAAAAUGGUUUUGUGUCUCCAUGGGGUCGUGGGGGGCAGGUCUGCGGCCUCUUACAUCCACUACUGGACACUACUAGAGAGAAACCUUACAUACACAAGCGUGUGUACGCACACAGGUGCUCACAUGGUGCUCUCACAAGAAUGGACUUGGGUGUUUUUGACACAACCUGGGGCUGUGGUUGGCACUAAAUGCACUAUGAAUUAUUACCAUGUGCUCUCUAUCCUCAUGUUGUUGGUGCACUGAUAUCUUUGUACUGUUGUAUUUUCUUGUAUGUCCCCCUUUUUUCCUCUCUUUCUGCAGGUCUAGAAGCAGAUUCUACACACACACACACCCCUCACCCUCUCCCCCCUUUCUCUUUUGUUUCCUUCUCUGUGUCUGUUGGGAUUUAAAACAACCAAAAGAGUUUUUAAUAAAGUUUUGAUCAGGCUGGGGCAUUAUAGCUGAAUCUAUAACGCUCCACCUGUGAGAGUAAGA